AUGGACCAAGGCAUCAUCAGAUCAAUAAAGGCGUUUUACCGUGGAGCAACUGUCCGCAAGUACAUCAACGCUCUGGAAAAGGGAAUGUUGCAUCCAAAAUUGACCAUUUUGGAUGCUAUGAUGAUCCUGACGGGCGCUUGGAAUAGAGUAACUGCGGAGACAGUUCAGAAUUGCUUCAAAAAAGCUGGCAUUGGUAGUGAAGCGCAACAAAGUGCAUUUUGUGACACUGACGACCCAUUCAGGUUUUUAAGCAAGGAACUAGAGACUUUGAGAGAAAGCUCCCCAGAGCUUGUGCCAACCUGUAUAACUUUGAAUGAUGUAAUCGGCACAGAUCAAGACUUGCUAACCUCAAACAUGGAAUCAUUGACUGAUGAAGAAAUCCUAGCGGAGUUUCAUGAAACCAUCGACGGCAUUGACCAGGAUUCUGAUGACGAGAUUGAAAUGCUAGAUGACGCUCCAAAACGACCUACUACAAAUCAAGUGAGACAGUCUGUUGAUACUCUGCUAACCUAUAGUAUGUUUGUGGAUGAGGGAGAAGAGAUUUGCCAACUAACCCCUUAG